UUCAUAACAAUUAUGAUCCAUAUUUUUUUUUUUUUUUUUCAAUAUUGUAAAAUUUGAAGAUUUUGGGAAAGUUAUUUUUGACCCAAUGUUAUUGAUUGAGAGUUGAAAUACAAAAUUUCCCAAGAAAGUCCACGGACAAAAUUCAACUGGCCAUUUUUUGCAAAUUUGAUUUAGAGAGAUUUUAUAGAAAAAGGUGUUUUUUAUUCAUUUAUAGCUCAAAUUCGAAAGUCUUUUUUUUUUUAUUAUUGUAUUCUAAAAAAUACAAAGUAUCUGAAGUCUGGUAGUGCAUACAAAAAAUCGAAUAUUUGAAAUUUUCUGUUCAGGAGGCGUGGUAUCCGCCCAUUUUCAAUGUAUUUUCAUCAAAUAUAACAAAGCACUUAUGACUAUCGUUGAAUCCUGAAACUUUGUAGAAUUGUAGAGCUGGGAGUACAAAAUUUAAAAACUGAAUAUUUUCUCUCCAGAGGGCGUGGUAUCCACCCAUACAAAUUUGAAAACAAUUCUUAUAACUUUGAUUUACUUUAACAUAACAGUACUUUUUGUGCCAGCUUAAUUUGAAAACAGGAGAACUUGGCUCUUUUUUUCUAUCACUACAAGAAAUAUAGGUAACAAAAUACAUGUAACAUUUCAAGAAUUCGCCAGUACGAAGAUUUUUCUCAAAUGCUUGCAGUCUCAUCGGACUACUCAUCUUCACUUUAGGGAUCAUAAGCUUAUCAAAACUCUGCCCGAUUUCAGACGAGGGUUUUCAAAAAUCUAGUUUUAAUUAUUUUGUUUUUAUUAAACAUUUCUUAACACUUUGUUUAAGUUAAAAUUUCUAUCAACACAACAAUUUAAUAAAAACUUAUGUUAAUUUAUUUAAAAAUAUUGAUUAAAAAAAAUAACCUUUUUUCAAAGCAUCCAUUCUUUGUUUUUUUUUUUGAUACUUUAGUUCCCAAACUUUUUCUAAACUCUUAACAAAAUUCUAAAAGAAUUAUUAGGCUUAUUAAUGGCAAAACACAAAAAUUCUUAAAGCUAAGAUUUUAAUCAGUUUUGACAGUUGUUUAAAAAAAAACUUCAAAAAUAGGAGUGUUUAUCUACAAAACUACAUAUAUCACAAAACAUUUUUCCUUCAAAGUUUCACGUUAAUAUUGAUACUGACAAGAAGAAUUUUUUAAAGUAGCUAUACUAACUCAAGUUUCUCUAUAGUCCUGAGACUUAUGAAAAAAAAAACACUUGUUUUUAAUGGAAUAAUCUUACUGUUCUUCCUAUAAUUCAUUUCUUAAAUUACUCAAGAAAUGGUAAUAGCUCCAAAAAAUGCAUUACUGAAAGGGUCAGCUUAUUUACUUAUAAAUCAUUGCUCAAAAUAGAAAAGUAAUUAAAUAAAUUGAAAUCCUAAAAAAUUAAUGUACCUAUCAUCUGUAUGGCCACAGUUCUGAUGUCUUGUCAACAUAUUUGUUGAUUAUGAAAAUAAGCUCAUCACUUUGAGUGAAAAUUAUUCAAACAUAACUCGUUAUUAAUAAGCUUAUCUAUAAAAGUCAAGAAAUAGCUAGUAUAUUAGGUAUUAAGUGUUAAAUGAGAAAAAGUCCUUUAGUUGUCUCCUUCCAAUGGCUAACGUGAAUUGUCUACUUGUUUUUUGGCUUAUCGUCUUUAUAAACCAGACGUCGACUCUUAUUUUAGAUAAUAAAUCCUUGUCGGAUGUGGCACUUUUUAUAAUCCGAGAACAUAUAAGCAAAUUGACGUCAACUAUUGUAAUAGCUGAAAAAAGCACAACGCCUGAAUCAGCAAACACAAACACUCAGCUAUUAAACUACAUUCUUCAGCACCUUCAAGGAAAAACUGCAGUUCAAUUUUACAUGCGUGACUAUUCUAGUCAACCUUGGGAGUACUAUGUAUUUAUUGUAGACUCCUUAGAGGCAUUUAAGUAAGAAAAUAUUGGAAAGUAAUCAGCGGUUUUACUUUUUUUAUUUCUAUUUUAGGGUACUCUAUAAAUUGUUUGAUGACACUCCCUAUGAAAGACACUUUCGAUUUUUGAUAAUUCUAACAAAUCCAAAAUCAGAUGUUAUCAGUGUCAUGGAAGAGAUUUUUAUACUUUGCUAUUAUUUUGACGUCAUCGAUGUUAAUAUCAUUACAACUCAUCGAUCAACAAAAGAUAUCCAUAUGUUUACGUACUUUUUGUUUUCGGAAAACAUUUGUCGUCGUUGUGUACCAAUGCUCUUGUACAAUUUCAGUGAUGGUUUUGAAAAUUUAAAAAUCAUUUUUCCAAAGAAGCUCAUAAAUUUUCACAAAUGUCCUCUUAAGGUUUCACCUCGUUUGUAUGGUCCUUAUUUCACGUUUGUUGGGAAUACAAGUAAUCCAAAACCGGUGGGAAAUUGGGAAAAUAUAUCCGGUUUGGAAGGAAAAGUAUUGAAAUUUCUAGCCAUGGCAUUGAACUUUACAAUUGAUUUGAGACCUUUCUCAGAAGAACCAAGCUAUGUUAAAGAUAAUCAAUCACAUGGCUGCUUUAAGGAGGUAGUUAUACUUUUGAAGUUCAUUAUAAUUCAUUAGAAAUAAAAAUGAUGUAUUUUACAGUUAAAGGAUCUCGAAGCCGAUAUUGCAAUUGGAGGCUUUAUGGAUUCAAAUUCAGGCCGACAUAUUGUUUCACCAACCAUAGCCUAUCACACGUCAAUAUUUAUAUUUGUGGUUCGAGGAAAAAGUAUAUUAAGUUCAUUGGGUCGUCUUGCUAAGCCAUUUACAAUUAAUUUGUGGGUUCUCGUGGCUGGAUUUCUUCUCUUUACCAUGCUCUUUACAUCAGUCUUGAAAGUGAUGAAGCUUAAAGUUUAUCAAUUUGUCUUUGGAAAAGAGAAUCACAGUCCAGUGACGAAUUUUUUUGCACUUUUUCUUGGAUAUGGAGUAAGUCAAACACCACGUCGCAAUUUCGCCAGAUACAUUUUCGUACUGCUCCUUUUCCUCACUCUCGUCUUGCGAAGUGCUUAUCAAGGAUCUCUGUAUGAUGCUUUUCGUAAAGAUAGCUUUGAUUCUAAGCUCUCAGGAUAUGAUGAUUUAAUUAAAUCGAACUACGUACUUUUAUCUCCUCCAGAAGCUCCUUAUUUACCUAACUAUCCAAAUAAGCUUAUUAGCAUAGUUCUAACACAUGGUUACGAAAAGAGACUUACAAAAUUAGAAACAUUGGAAAAUAGAUAUACAACAUUAGUUGUACUAGAUGCUUUUUUAUAUUAUGUACAAAAAAAAUUAAGAAACGGAACUGAACUUCUUUUAAUCCCAGAACGUGUUAAUAGUUUUCAAUUGGUAAUGUUUUUGCCAAAACAUUCGAUUUAUUUGUCAGUUUUUAAUAGAAAAUUAAAGGAAUUAGCUGCUGCAGGAAUAACAUCAAAAUUUAGUAGUGAAUCUACAAGUAUUGAUCAAAUAAUUAAAGCAUAUUUAAUGCGGCAAAGAGAGAAGUUACCAUUGCACAAUGCACGGCUUUCGGCAUUAUAUGGAAUUUGGUUUAUAUCGUUAGGAGUUUCUUUAGUGGUAUUUAUUUUGGAAAUACUUUCAGUUCGUAAUAGAAAGUUACAGAAAUUAUUUUUGUAAAGUUAAUAGUAUUUUCUA